UUAAAAUCUUCAAUUGGUUCAUUUUCUUAAUAAUUUUAAUAUCAAUUAAUAUCGAACAAUGAGAGACAACGAAUAUAUUAAAAUUAUUGGAACAAAUGUAAUUUUAGUGCCUUACAAAGAAAAACAUGUUAAAAGAUAUCAUGAAUGGAUGAAGUCAGCAGAAUUACAAUAUUUUACUGGUUCAGAGAGUUUAACAUUAGAAGAAGAAUUUCAAAUGCAAAAGCGAUGGCAUCAGGAUCAAGACAAAUGUACCUUUAUCAUUUUAGAAAAAGCUAUUUAUACUGAAAGUGGAAAUGAAAUAGAAGCUAUGAUUGGAGAUACAAAUUUAUUUUUUAAUGAAUUAGACCAACCAAACACUGCAGAAAUUGAAAUUAUGAUAGCAAAUAUUAAUUGUAGAGAAAAAAAAAGAGGUUGGGAGGCAAUAAUUCUAAUGAUGCUUUAUGGAAUUGACAAAUUAAAUGUAACAAAAUAUAUUGCAAAAAUUAAAUGUGAUAAUGAAAAGAGUAUAAAAAUGUUUGAAAAAUUAAGAUUUCAUAAGAAAAGACCAUUACUCUUUAAUUCAAUAAUGUACGGUUCUUUUUAUACUGGUGCGGAAUUCACACAACAAACUUAUAAUAGAAUGUUUAAGUUUUCGUUAUCAUCAACAUCAAUAAACAUAGAAGAAACAAAUACAUUUAAGAUUGAAAAGUCGCUGUUUAUUUGGAUAAAAAAUUUUAAUCAAAGAUUGGAUUUAUUAAAUAAGAAUAACACGAUGCAAUUGGAAAGUUAUAAUUGGGCCCAACUAAAGCGAUAUGCUAUUUAUGGUUGUUUCAUUGCAGGACCUCUACUACAUGGAUGGUACAAAUGGUUGGAUAUGUUCUACAAAGGCAAAACUAUGAAAACUAUCCUCACAAAACUUUUAAUCGAUCAAUUUGUUUUUACUCCACCAUUAAUUACACUAUUUUUUAUCAGUAUGAGCCUACUGGAGAAUAAACCAAAUGUAUUUGAUGAAUGUAAAGCAAAAUUUUUUCAAACAUUUAAGACAUCAUGUAUAUACUGGUUACCAGUUCAAUUUUUUAAUUUUCUUUUAAUACCACCAGUAUUACGCGUUUCUUUUGUUAGUAUUGCAGCUUUUUGUUGGGUAAAUAUUCUUUGUUAUUUAAAAAGUAUUCCUGUAUCUGAAUGUAAUGAUAAUCAAAUAAAAUAUUGAUUUUUUGUAUUAA